AUGAUUUUGGGAUCUCCCGUGGAUGCUCGGAGUUCUACUGUUGUCGCCGCUGCUGCCAACUCCAAACCAUUACAUGCGAGCAAGCCGGCCGCCCUAGCCGCCGCCGUCACGCCGCGCCGCACGCCUCUACAUCCUCUCCGCCGGCCCCGGCCCCGCGGCGGAUCACGAGGCGGUCCCCGCUGCCGGUGUCAUCGGCCUCCUAGUCCCCGAGGUCGAGGAACACCAGCGCCUGCUUCUUGCAGGCUGCGGGCGCGGGGAGGCGACGGGGCAGCUCCGCGACGUGAGCCGCUUCGCCGGCGCCUUGGGCAGGUGGUCCUCCACGCCGGCCACCGCCACCAGCGACGCGGACGCCAUGGGGAGACGUCAUCUGCAGCAGGCUACCAGCGGCGGGGCGAGCUCGAGGAACUUGGCGCCGCCGGCCCCCUCCAUCUCCGGCGGCCGCAAGCCUUCUCGGCCGACGACCUCUACCCCAUCCAGGAAACAACGUCAGUCCUUCGUCGCUCCGCUUCCCGGACCGACGGCUCCUCCCGGUGGGGGCCUGCAUCAACCAAGUACCGGCGGCGGCCAGCAUCCACUUCCCGGCGGCGCUCCCGGCGGCUUCCUGCCUUGGCAAGGAUUGAGCAGAAGAAGCUUGCAGCAUCUACCAGGAUUGAGGAGAAGAAGCUAGAGAUAGAGGAGCGGCGGUUGACAUGGGAGCAAGAGCAAAAGAUUAUGUUCUGUGAUCUCAGCUCGAUGGACGAGAGGCAGAGGGUCUAUGUUCGAGCGAUGAGGGCACAGAUUGCAGCGGCAAAGGUUGUGUUAUGAUCGGCAUUACCUACAGGAGGCGCCAGCCAAGUGGCUAGCAGGCCACGUCCAGCAAAGGCCCAGGGCCCAUAGAUUAUUAGUCUUUUUUAUUAGAAGAAAACCCUAGAAACUCUUAUAUAUUGUCAACAUUUGGUCGUGAGAAAUCAAGCUGCAACAAAUUAAUUGUUGCCGGCUUCCUUGGAAUCCCUAGCCGCCA